AUGGAGUGGCACAAAGAAAAAACUCUGUAUUUUAUAGAGAAAUACAGAGAAGAGGAAGUGUUGUGGAACCCAGCUCAUCCAGAACAUUAUAACAAACACAAGAAAGAAGACGCUUGGAAUAGAUUGGCUUCGUUAUUCGACAGCGACAGAGAAACAUGUAAAAAGAAAAUGACAAGUUUACUGGCAUCAUUGAGGAGGGAAAAACAAAAAACUAAACAAUCAACUAGUACAGGAAAAGAAGUCGAUGAGGAUAAGCUACGUGUUUACCUCAUUGACUAUAAGGGCAACAAGGAAAGAAGCAUAGGGGUAGAACCUGGGUCCUUGAAAGUCGAGCCACUUGAAGUGGAUAUUGACCCCAAGACCACCAUGGGUCUCGAAAAGGAAGUCGAAGCAUCUGAACAGAUGACACUUGAUGACGUCUCCCCCCUAGCGGGGGAGCAGAUGGACCUCUAA